AUGAGGUCAAACAGAAGGAAAGAUUACACUAGGGCGUUCCCCAGAAGCGACGAACCAAGAAAAGUAAACAAUCCAAGCAUUAAAAAAGUAAAAGCAAAAAUCAAAAUCAGAAUCGGAACAUGGAACAUUGGCAGUCUUACAGGACGAAGCAAGGAACUUGCUGAGAUACUAAAAAGAAGAAAUAUAGAUAUAUGCUGUAUUCAGGAGUUGAAAUGGAAAGGUGCAAAAGCACGAAAAAUUGGUGAAAGUUAUACAGUAUUGUACAACGGUUUCAACGCAAAAAAUGGUAUUGGAAUAGUAUUCAAAGAAAACAUGUGUGAUAAGAUUAUUGAAGUUAAGCGCAUAAGUGACAGGCUCAUGUACGUCAAAAUGGUCAUAGAAAAUAAGAUAUAUAAUAUUAUGAGUGCAUAUGCUCCUCAAACGGGAUGUGACAGUCAAACAAAGCUACUAUUUUUUGAAUCUUUAGAAGAAACAAUGCAGGCGAUAUCAUUAAAUGAGGCUAUUAUUUUGUGUGGUGAUCUAAAUGGUCAUAUAGGUAGAGCAAAUGGUACUAAUAGCCCUUGCCACGGAGGUUUUGGCUACGGACAAAUUAAUGAGCAGGGUGAAUGGAUCCUUGACAUAGCCAGCGCAUAUGAUUUGAAAAUAUAA